AUGCUAGCUUCAAGAUUCCGGGCGCAUGCGCAAUUGAACGGCGUCCUUCGUCGGACCGUCACUACAUUGUCCAACAACUCAGACAUCAAAGCAUUCCCGGCACCGCAUGCGCCGGGCGUCCAUAUCCUGACAUAUCUCAACACCGACCCGCCGAACUGGGACCUUGCAAUUGGCACCACGAACGAGCUUCCGCCGACGCCCAAGUCUUUCAAGGGCAACGACCGCUUCCUCGAGAUUCUCAACGACGUCCUCAGGCAAAAUGCACACAAAGAUGACGACCUGAAGUCCCAGGCUCAGGCCUUUGCUUCCCCGGGUGGGUCGACUCUAGGGUCCGGCGGAGUCUUCUUCCCACAGCAACGGAGGCAGCGCGGCUCCAAGGUGUCCGGCGCCGGCCUCGGUGGCGGAGGCGGUGCGGGGGGAGGCGGAGCCGGCGGUGCGAGUGCCCAGGGGGGUGCCGGAGGUGGUGGCGUAGGCGGAUGGGUCCAUCUUAGCGAUCGACGGAACCCCCCUGACUUUGGCAGGAUAGCAUGGCCAGAAGAUAUCCUCGGGAGCGUCGAGGUCGACAGUCACGGCAAUUUGCAAGACAAUUUCCAACCGAGUGGCACGUAUCGGGUUGUCACCAAUGAGGGAAUCUUGGGGCUGACUCCCUUCAUCAAAGAUAAGCUUGUCCAGCGGCUUAGGGAAGAGGAGAGGAAGGCACAGAGCUAG